AAAAUGAAUAAAGACAAACAACUCGAUGAAGAUGAUGACGACAGCGACCAGUUUGAAGACUUUAUGGAGAAUUUUAACCAACUUGACCUGCUGGAGACGCACAGGCAUUUGAUUCCUGUAGGAACGCAGAGCUGUUGGUCUGGGCAGUCCGAUGAUGAUGACGAUGAACAAGAAAGAAGUGAGGAAUGGUACGAAAUGCAAGAAAAAAAAAUGGAAAAACAUCCAGAGAAGCUGCUACUCUGGGCAGCUGAAAACAAUCGGCUGAGCACAGUGAAGAGGCUGCUGUCCGAAAAGCUGGCUCCCGUGAACGCUCGUGACGAGGACCAGUACACUCCCCUCCACCGCGCGGCCUACAGCGGGCACCUGGACAUCGCCCACGAGCUGGUGGCGCAGGGGGCGGACGUGCACGCGCAGACGGUGGACGGCUGGACGCCGCUGCACAGCGCCUGCAAGUGGAACAACACGCAAGUGGCCGCGUUCUUACUUCAGCAGGGCGCAGACAUCAACGCGCAGACCAAUGGUUUGCUGACACCCCUGCACAUCGCUGCAGGGAACAAAAACAGCAGAGAAACCCUCGAACUCUUGCUGAUGAAUCGCUACGUGAAACCGGACCUGAAAAACAACUUGGACGAAACAGCCCUCGACAUCGCUAGGAGGACUGACAUAUAUCACUACCUUUUUGAAAUAGUAGAAGACUGCAUUAAUGCUGUCUCCCCUUAAAAGCUGCGGUUAAGCUUGUCGAUGUGAGGUUGGCUGCCUCCUGUUUGUGUUCUGCAUGCUCUUGGGUGCUGGUCUGUCCCUUUGCGACAAGGUUUUCAUUCGAGACACUUCAGUAUUC